GAGGGAGGAGUUUUCAAUGUUCAGUUUCUCGCGUGGAUCUCUGCGCGCUGACAUCGCCUCUGCUCUGCCAGUCACCCCGGCACCCAGCAGUCCACGCUUCCGGUGCUCAAACCCUUUUUUUCCUUGCUCUUCUUCUUCUUCUUCUCCAUGUUAAUUUCUUGAGCACCUCCACCCGUUAAGAGUCCACGCAGGGGGGAAGUGGACGCGCGUGCACACGCGGGGACCAGCGAUCAGAUGGACACGAGAAGGAAGGCGCACCGUCCCGCGUAGAAGAAGAAGAAGACGGAAGAAGCCGAGAUUUGUCUUUUUUUUCAUUGGUUGAUUUAUUUUUUUUUAUUUACUGUAUUUCAUUUUGAUCUGCUAAACGCCAAAAAGCGAACUGGAUUCUCUCCGGCAGUCAGACUGAGAGCCACGAGCGACGUGGAAAAAAACAAACAAACAAAAAAAAAAAACGACAAAUAACCCCACACGCUCCGCACGCGUGUGCACUCUCUAUGCGCGCUCACGAGCGUGGCCCCGCAUUGUGGUUGCACCUGGGCACGCGCGCGCGAACAACAUGCCACGCAGGAAGCAGCAGGCGCCUCGACGGGCUGCGGUAUACAUGCCUGAUGAUGGAGACAGUGCUCUUCACGACUCAAUCAUCGAGGAAGAUGGAGAGAACGGCACCCUGACAGAAGAGGAUUUUCCAGAGAAGACCAGCCCCAAAGUGUCUGAGGACCAUGAGCUGGACAACAAGAGUGCCAACAGUUACAGCAACCAGAACUCUCCCGCCAGUCUCCUGUCGACCCAAGAUGCAGAGCUGGAAUCGCACCUCAGCGACACCUGUGACAGACUCUCUGACUUCAAGAACUCCUCGCCACGCAAGGGCCAGCCAGAAGACCACAGCUCUAAACGCAAAGAUGACACGGGCAACAGCUUGCAGAAAAUGAGGGCAGCCUAUGCAAACUUUCUUUCAGAUUCCUACUGGACAGGAGUUAGGACGGAAUUGAAAUUGGGCAAAGACACCAGCAAAGCCAACUGUGACAGCACCAACGGAAGCGCCAAAAGUGAGUUCGACUGGCACCAGGAUGCUCUGUCGAAGACCCUGCAGCAGACUGUCUCCCCGAAGCCUACGUCCAAACCCAACCUCUUCAGUUCGGUCCACCUGUACCGGCAAAGCAGCAAACCCUGCGCUUCAGUAUUCACAGGUGCCAGCCGUUUUCGCUGUAAGAACUGCAGUGCUGCAUAUGACACCCUAGUAGAGCUAACGGUUCACAUGAACAAGAGUGGCCACUACCAGGACAAUAAUCUCAGCAAACAGAGUAACUCCUCGGCCUCGUCCUCUAAAUCAAAGAAACGCAGUAUGCAGGAUCUGGAAGGGAAGGAGGAUGCACAGAAAGUUCUAAAGUGCAUGUUCUGUGGGCAUUCUUUUGACUCACUCCAAGAUUUGAGCGUCCAUAUGAUCAAAACUAAGCAUUACCAAAAAGUGCCUUUAAAGGAGCCAAUACCAGUAAUCACACCCAAACUACUGCCACCAGCAAAGAAGCGGGCAUUCGAAACCGCCAGGCCGUGCUCCCCUGACUCUACAACCGGUGCAUCCGGGUACGGCGACAUCCAACGUGCUGGUGCAGUUUCGAAUGCAAACAAUAAUCGCUAUGGCUAUCAAAAUGGCGCAAGUUACACAUGGCAGUUUGAGACGUGCAAAUCUCAGAUUUUGAAAUGCAUGGAGUGCGGAAGCUCCCAUGACACCCUGCAACAACUCACCACACACAUGAUGGUGACUGGGCAUUUCAUCAAGGUUACCAAUUCUGCUUCCAAGAAGGGUAAACAGCUAGCACUUGACCCCCUGGCCGUGGAGAAGAUCCAGGUGUUAGCUGAGCCCACUGCCAGUGAACCAGACGGAGAAAAGUUAUCCCCCAAAAAUGUUUCCCCUGCAAGCAUCGAGAGGGACGGCCAAGGGGAGAGUGCAGCAGAUAAAACGGAAGUAACUGAAGCAAAAGAUGACAAGCAAGAAAGUGAAGAUCAAAAGGCAGGAAAUGGGAAAUUUAAGUACCCUUAUCUACGGGAGGAAGAUCUGGAACAGGAUUCUGGUGGAGGGGGUGACAUUCUUAAGUCUUUAGCCAACACAGUGGCCUCGGCCAUCAAUAAAGCUCAAACAGGUACGCCGAGCUGGAGUGCCUACCCGAGCAUUCACGCUGCCUAUCAGAUCUCUGGCAUUAUCAAAAGCACCCCUGUCACAGCUGCGCCGCCUCCCGCUCAGCUGAAGCAGACCUUCCACCAAAAGCUGAGGGCACUCGCCCCAAAGGGGAAGUAUGGUGCCACGGGCCUUGAGAGUCCCCAGGGGACACAUAAAAACUUUGACAUCAAACAAGAAACGGCUGUGAUUAGUGAUGGGAAAGAAAGUCAAAGUGUGAAGCUUGAUCUAAUGGAGACAGACGACAGUGAUUGUCAGGAUGAUUCCUCUUUCUCUUCAAAGCCCGAUGCCGACUGUGGGAAUGACGCGAGUGAGCCGAUCAAAGGGAAGCUGAGCCCCAAUUUCUCUGACAGGGCCAAGACUCCGAGCCCCUCUGCCAGCACCACAGAGCCUCACAAAGACACUCUGGAUAACCUUGUUGUAAACCCUCUUAGUGCUCUACAGUCAGUUCUGAACAAUCAUUUGGGCAAAGCAAAAAAAACUAAUAAUUCGCGAGAAGAUAAACUAUCUUCUCAUAUCCAGUCCAUUUUUGCUAACACUAACAACUGCAGAGACAACCCCUCACUUAUGCUCAGUAAUCUGGCAAGGAAUAAGCCUAAAAAAAACUUUGUUUUUGCAACUGAUGACCAACCAAUAGAUCUGACUAAAUCAAAAAGUAGCAAGCCAAGAUCUUUGCUACUACAUCCCUCCAUCCCGAUGCCACAGAAGUACGCUCUGUCUGACAUCGCCGACAUGGUUAAAGUUCUUCCCAAAGCCACCACACCAAAACCCCCUGUAGCAUCUAGGCUUCCAGCCAUGAAACUGGAAUCAGAUGUCAGGCGCUUUGAGGAUGUGUCUGCCGAGGUUUACUCCGUCCACAAGCGCAAAGGCCGCCAGUCCAACUGGAAUCCUCGCCAUCUUCUCAUCUUGCAAGCUCAGUUCGCCUCCAGCCUCUUCCUCACCUCGGAGGGGAAGUAUCUUCUGUCUGACCUCGGCCCGCAGGAGCGGAUGCACAUCUCUAAGUUCACGGGACUCUCCAUGACCACCAUAAGCCAUUGGUUAGCAAAUGUGAAAUACCAGUUGCGGAAAACAGGUGGCACCAAAUUCCUGAAGAACAUGGACACAGGCCACCCGGUCUUCUACUGCAAUGACUGCGCUUCCCAGUUCAGGUCGCCAACAACCUUCAUUUCCCACCAGGAGUCCCAUCUGGGCUUCCAAAUCAAAGACAUGUGCAAGAUGCCCGUGGAGCAUCAGAUCAAGAUGGACGAAGCGGAGCUCCCGAAGGUCCUCGGCGUCCGAGCAUCAGAGACUCUGGUCUCGGAGGAGGAUGUUGACUCUAAGUUUAAAUGUAAGCUGUGUUGUCGGACAUUCGCCAGUAAUCACGCCAUCAAACUACAUUUGAGUAAAACACACAGCAAAUCCCCUGACAACCAUUCACAGUACGUGGAGAUGGACAAGGAAUAGUUUUUCAUAUUAUUGACACAGUUAUUGUUUUAACACACAGGUUGGACAUUUCAACUGUUCCCAGUUAGCAUUGUGUAGUACUGUACAACAUUUGCUGGCAUGGCGGCAAAGACACACUGGUUAGAAAACGUUAGAAGACACAAAGACAAACGUUUGCACCCUGCUUCAAUGCAUCACCAGUAAUGAAUUCUAUUACUGCUUGAAGAAAUGCUGAUGUUUGCAUGCGUAGCCACGGCUACGACUACUAUUUAUUAUUUGUAUGAUAUGUCAAGUUUCAAUUGUAUUUGAAAGGCAACAUAAUGAAAAGAUAACAAUUGUACUUUGCAACUUUUGGGAUACAGAACACCUGCAUACAUGUGCAGCAGGUAGCCCUGUACAGAUCUGUACAGUUUAUUUCUAUGUAAAGCUGUUUUGUGUCGCCAUAAUAGAAGUGAGCUAGAAGAGAGAGAAAGGAAGGGGGAAAGCACUUUAAUGUUUAAUCAUCAAUUUGGAUUCUGUAAAAGUCUCAAAACUGGCUUGAGCAUUUCAAAAGCAAAACUAUUUCACGCGUAAAUUAUGUUUGAAAUGAAAAAGACACACAUGCAAUGAGGACAAGCUGCAAGACAAAUGAUACCGGUGAUCCUUGCACCUUUUUUUUUUACAUAUUCAAAUAAAGAGUUAACAUUUGAUAACAGCUUA